CCCACUGUCCCAUCAACAGCCGGACCACUUCAGAAGGGGCCACCAACUGCAUCUGCCGCAAUGGCUACUACAGAGCAGACCUGGACCCCCUGGACAUGCCCUGCACAACCAUCCCCUCCGCACCCCAGGCCGUGAUCUCCAGUGUCAACGAGACCUCACUUAUGCUAGAGUGGAGCCCGCCCCGGGACUCAGGAGGCCGUGAGGAUCUUGUCUACAACAUCAUCUGCAAGAGCUGUGGCUCGGGCCGGGGCGCCUGCACCCGCUGUGGGGACAACGUGCAGUACGCACCCCGCCAGCUGGGCCUGACCGAGCCUCGCAUUUACAUCAGUGACCUGCUGGCCCACACCCAGUACACCUUUGAGAUCCAGGCCGUGAAUGGCGUCACCGACCAGAGCCCGUUUUCACCGCAGUUUGCCUCUGUGAACAUCACCACCAACCAGGCAGCCUCCAUGCUCCUUGUCUGCACUCUAGCCUGCAGGAAGGGGAGAGACAGAAGACCCAGGGCAGCGAUAUGUUUUAAACAAGCUCCAUCGGCCGUGUCCAUCAUGCACCAGGUGAGCCGCACCGUGGACAGCAUUACCCUGUCGUGGUCCCAGCCCGACCAGCCCAAUGGCGUCAUCCUGGAUUACGAGCUGCAGUACUAUGAGAAGGAGCUGAGUGAGUACAACGCCACAGCCAUAAAAAGCCCCACCAACACGGUCACUGUGCAGGGCCUCAAAGCCGGCGCCAUCUAUGUCUUCCAGGUGCGGGCACGCACCGUGGCGGGCUACGGGCGCUACAGUGGCAAGAUGUACUUCCAGACCAUGACAGAAGCCGAGUACCAGACAAGCAUCCAGGAGAAGCUGCCGCUCAUCAUCGGCUCCUCGGCAGCCGGCCUGGUCUUCCUCAUCGCCGUGGUCGUCAUUGCCAUCGUGUGCAACAGACGGGGGUUUGAGCGUGCUGACUCGGAGUACACGGACAAGCUGCAGCACUACACCAGUGGCCACAUGACCCCAGGCAUGAAGAUCUACAUCGACCCUUUCACCUACGAGGACCCCAAUGAGGCAGUGCGGGAGUUUGCCAAGGAAAUUGACAUCUCCUGUGUCAAAAUUGAGCAGGUGAUCGGAGCAGGGGAGUUUGGUGAGGUAUGCAGCGGCCACCUGAAGCUGCCAGGCAAGAGAGAGAUCUUUGUAGCCAUCAAGACGCUCAAGUCGGGCUAUACUGAGAAGCAGCGCCGGGACUUCCUGAGCGAGGCCUCCAUCAUGGGCCAGUUCGACCACCCCAACGUCAUCCACCUGGAGGGUGUUGUCACCAAGAGCACACCUGUGAUGAUCAUCACUGAGUUUAUGGAGAAUGGCUCCCUGGACUCCUUCCUCCGGCAAAAUGAUGGGCAGUUCACAGUCAUCCAGCUGGUGGGCAUGCUGCGGGGCAUCGCGGCCGGCAUGAAGUACCUGGCAGACAUGAACUACGUCCACCGUGACCUGGCUGCCCGCAACAUCCUCGUCAACAGCAACCUGGUCUGCAAGGUGUCUGACUUUGGGCUCUCACGCUUUCUGGAGGACGAUACCUCAGACCCCACCUACACCAGCGCCCUGGGUGGGAAGAUCCCCAUCCGCUGGACGGCCCCAGAAGCCAUCCAGUACCGGAAGUUCACCUCGGCCAGUGACGUCUGGAGCUAUGGUAUCGUCAUGUGGGAGGUGAUGUCCUAUGGGGAGCGACCCUACUGGGACAUGACCAACCAGGACGUAAUCAAUGCCAUAGAGCAGGACUAUCGGCUGCCACCACCCAUGGACUGCCCAAGCGCGCUGCACCAGCUCAUGCUGGACUGCUGGCAGAAGGACCGCAACCACCGGCCCAAGUUCGGCCAGAUCGUCAACACGCUGGACAAGAUGAUCCGCAACCCUAACAGCCUCAAAGCCAUGGCGCCCCUCUCUUCCGGAAUCAACCUGCCGCUGCUGGACCGCACGAUCCCCGACUACACCAGCUUUAACACAGUGGACGAGUGGCUGGAGGCCAUCAAGAUGGGGCAGUACAAGGAGAGCUUCGCCAAUGCCGGCUUCACCUCCUUCGAUGUCGUGUCGCAGAUGAUGAUGGAGGACAUUCUCCGGGUUGGGGUCACCUUGGCUGGUCACCAGAAAAAAAUCCUGAACAGUAUCCAGGUGAUGCGGGCACAGAUGAACCAGAUCCAGUCUGUGGAGGUUUGACGUUCACCUGCCUCGGCUCACCUCUUCCUCCAGGCCCCGCCCCCUCCGCCCCACAUGCCGGCCCCCGGUUCUUCGUCCACCGCAGGG